AUGAAAAACACGCCAUAUCUGUAUAAUGAAGAUCCCACAGAUACAACUGUAACGCUCACAGAGGCGCAAUUCACAGGUAAACCGUUCGCAGGCAGAAGAGAAGACAUUUUUUACAACCUGUCAUUACUGUCCACUGUAAUUGGCACAUUUAUGUGAGUUUUAAUUACCGCUGCCGUUUGCCUCAAUGAAGCUAGCAAAAUCAAACCUUUAAUGUCUUUUCAUUACCAUAUCAUACUCUGUAUUUAUAUAAUCAUCUAUACGCGUGGUACUUAUUCGUCAUUUCGUUGAUCGUAUUUUAACGAAGUCUAUUGUAAAUCGUUUACGCAAGAAGAAAUCGCUUGGCACAGGAAGUUGUAAACAGUGUGCAUCUCUCUGGUGAGCUCAAAAUCGAAUCAUAUAAAUUAUUGUGCUCUCUACGAAAGGAUAAAAUGAAACGAUGGAUAGAAAUAAACUAAAAAAACUAAAACUAAAAAUGGAUAGAAAUAAACUAUAAGAUGCAAAUGAAGAAAUGAAAUCUGAAUGAAAGUUGAGAGUGAUCGAAAGAGUAUAGAAAUGUAUUUUUCAUCUUGCAGUUUUUAUAUCGUGCAAAAUUGUGUCUUACAUAUUCCUGUAGUUGUAAAGAAAAACGCCGCAAAUUUAAAAAAAAAAAUUUGCGUUUAUCCAUUAUUGAAUUAUGAAACAUAAAAUUUAUGACGAUACAUAAAAACGAAUGGAAAUUUAUAUUGUUAAAAAAAAAAAACAAGGAGAUAUUGCUAAUAAGAAGAACUGUAUUAAAUGAAGAAUUUUAAACGACAAUGUGAUACUAAAAAAUGAGAGCAUAUAACAUAUAGCGUUUUUCUGUACAGUUAUUGAUUUAUAUUUAAGAACAUACAAAAAUAUUGUAUAUCUACUUUCAUAUGAGAUAUUUAUUUUAUUCAAUUGUAAGUGAAAUCAUAGCUAUGAAGCAUUAACGUAAUCAAUGUCAUUUACAGAUCACAUGGAAUCGUAUAUUUACAAUUUUCAAUUGUUAAAUAAAUUGAGAUGCAGUAUUUGCGUUUCAAUUUUGUCAGAUCAAAUGAAUCAUUUUAAUUAAAUUUAUCGCUUCAUUACCUUUGGCUCAAAUUAUACAAAAUUAUAUAAUUAUACAGAGACACUCGAUGAAGAGUUCUCGAUACUUUAAAUCGUCGUAAACUUCUUCAAAAAACAUUAUACAAUAAUCUACUUGGCAUCGUCUUAAAGUGGGAUUUAAGAAAUCCUAAUAUUUCGUCUAUUUCUAAUAUUUCUAACAUAAAAUUCAAUAACAUAGCGAAAAAAAAUCGUACAACUUCUUGUAGAAAGGAGACUUUAAUCUUUAAAAUCAUAGUAAAUCUAAAAAUUUUUCAAUAAUUUUGGAAACAUUUGGAUUUUCACAAUUUUCGAAAACUAAGAUAUUUUGAAAAUAACGAAUGGAAUUAUAUGAGCUAUUAAAAUAAAGAUUUAAACAUUUUAAAAUAAGAUUCAGUGGAUUAUUAUACGAUAUUUUUUACAUACAGCACUAUUUUUUAUACAUACGUAUCAGUGCACAACUGAAAAUUUAGAUGAAAUAUUUACUGUAGUACAAACUAUAACACAUCAAAAUGAUUACUAUAGUAUUGCAAUAUAUAUCAAAUUUAUGAAUGUCAACCCGAAUUUUUACAUGAUCUGGUGCUGAAAAUGAAGGCUUAUAUAUUUACACCUGGCGACUCGAUAUGUCGAAAAGGGGAAGUAGCUAGGGAAAUGUUCAUAAUAGCCGACGGAAUUUUAGAAGUGAUUAGCGAAACGGGAAGAGUUUUAACAACUAUGAAAGCCGGAGACUUCUUUGGAGAAAUUGGGAUUCUCAAUCUAGACGGAUUAAACAAACGCACAGCCGAUGUUCGUUCGGUAGGUUAUUCGGAAUUAUUCAGCCUCUCGCGCGAGGAUGUUUUAGCAGCGAUGAAAGACUAUCCAGAAGCUCAAGAAAUCCUCCAGAAUCUCGGCAGGAAACGUCUGAUGGAGGCGCAGAAGGUAGCCAGAGCAUCUAGACAACCAACGUCACCUGGUCACGAUUCGUCGGAUAAUAGCACGGGUAAAAGAAUCGUUGACAAACUGAAGAGUGACGUAAAGGGUCUGAAGAACGCACUGAGAAAGAGCAGACGAAAUACCAGGCCCGAGGAAAGCCUAGAGCUACAACCAUUAACGUCGAAGCUGUCGACGCUGAAGAGGCAGCAGAAAAUCGACGACGGUCAAGACGCAUCCGCGUCGAACGUUCAAGAACCACCUGUCUCGCCUUUGGGUGCCGGUUUGCCUCUGCUUGCCAGAUUAAGAUUGUUAAAGGAAAAAGAGGAACGAGAGGAACGUCGGAAUCUUAUGGAAACGCAAGUGCACACGCCUGAACAACAACAACCACCGUCGGAUGCCCAAAACCCUAUGAACCCGAAUUUACCGUUUCUUCAGAGGAUAUUACUGCUGAAGGCGAAGAACGAACAAGAGGCCAAAGAGGCUGAUAAAGAAGCACCCACCAAGGAGCCUUUGCUCCCAAGGAACAGUGUACUAGAGGAAUCGCAGCAACAAUCGCCCAAGCAGACUCGCAAGCAGUUUCAAAAACAACCGUCGAUCCAAACUACCGUAGAACAGGCCGUUAAAUCGCCGACAACUUCGCAGAACACGCAGAACACGAAUGGCUCGAACGUGAAGAAACCGUGGGCAAUGCUGAAGGACGCCUCGUUAACGAACAAAGAAAAUUCGCCGCAGAGAAGUCCACCGACAAAGAGGUUACAAGUCAGACAGAGUUUAGUACACCUGAGACAGCAGACUAAGAUGUACGCGUCCGUAGACGAUCUUUCGCCGGAGUACUGCGGUUUACCAUUCGUCAAGAAACUGAAGAUACUUAACGAGAGGCAGAAGUUGGCCGAACUUGAGAAAGCUGUUAGGAGUUCCAGUUUAGAUUGCGGAGAAAACACCGAGCUCGAAUUCGAUGGGAACUUGACGAGAAGCCACUCGGAGGCUUGCGCGAUCGAAUAUGCUAGGAAAUUGGAGAAAUUUAAUCAGAAUCGAAUGGCAUCGAUAUCGCCCACGGAUCAACUUUCACCGGAGAACGAGACGCUAGAAAGGCGGAACCUGAAAAGCAUAUUGAAGAAGUUGUCGGCCGGCAGUAGAACCGGAAGCUCCGAGACCUCGGCGACGAGCACACCGGAUCGCGAAGCAGCCACCGCUGAAUUGAGGAAAUUGAUGAGGGCACCCACGAUAGAGGGUUACGCGGCACGGCACUCGAAACUCUCCAAAAGCGUGACAUUUAAUAAAUAUACGCUGCAGAGCCCGCCGUCCGAGCAAUUCCCGGCAAAUUAUCCGCUUGGGCCACAAUUGUCCGACUCCCAAGAGCAGGCCUCACUGCCACCGCCCAAUAAACUCAGUUUCCGUCCUUUGGGCAGCGGAGGUAUCCUGCAAAUAGUAUCUCGGCCACGAGAAGAAGAAUACUUGGGGGAGCUAGUCACUGGUAUCAGAGAAGUCGUUAAGGACCGUCUGGAGAACAUUCAGACAAAAUUCGAGCGACAGUUCACUUCAUUGGAGCUAGAAAUCCGCAAACGGGAUGAAAUAAUAUCGCAGCUUCAAGCAAGAAUACUAGAACUAGAACAAAAAGAGUCGAGAAACGCAGACGAGUCAUUGGGAGAUAGCACAGAGCACGAUGCGUCAUUAGAGGAAGAUUUGGAGGACGAUCGUGAGGAUCACCCAUUCAUGAGAGACGGUUCAGUGGACACAGUCCUAGCUACUCAUCCGCGUUACAAGCGUUCCUCAACGUCUACAGAGUCCAGUUCUCAUAAUCGAAGAUCCUGGGAAGAGCACUCCGAGGAAGAAACAUUAGAGCUUCAGGAACUGCCUAGCUCGAUCGUUCCGCAAAAUUUGUGGAAAGACGAAGUGGCGAUCGAUCUCGAGUCGAACAGCGAGAGCAGUAGAUCCGAGGAAGACUUCGACGACAGACCAGAAAGAAGCGACAGUGAGAAUGAUGGCGACGAUGACGAGGAGAGUGAAGUGCAUCGGGAAGGGCAUAAUAACUGGGAAAUAGCUAUGCUCGCCCAGGAACUGGAGGCCAGGCGGAGGAGCAGCGAGGACGCGAACCCGGGCUCCUAGCGCAUUAACGAAAUCUUAGAUGUACUGUGUUACCUUACAAGCACCUUACACCCUGAGGGUUGGUGUAACGGGCCAGCCGCUGCUACCGGCAGCGCGGCCCUCUGCGAAAACAAUUGCCCUUACUUACAAUUAGAUUUCGAUAGCAUGACCAGUUGUAGGGAGACCAUGAUGUAAAACUUGUUCUGUAAAUCUAGAGGAUUGAUCGUUCCUUUCCUAUGAUCCUGGACUUUUGUCGCGUCGAGAUUCGUGGGCCAAUAUACGCGACCUUCGUAAGAGGAGGACAUACGCGUGUUUCUAAAGCCUCUGGACAUUACGAAUAUAAUUACGUUCUAGUCGUAUCCCCUCUCUCUCUGUGCACACCUACCCGUACAUACCACACAUGAUACACGCAGAUCCGCUAGUUUGGAAGGUUAUCCUUUUC